AUGUCUAGGCGUAUUCGUAUUGGUGGUAGACAAUCCCAGUUGGCCAUUGUUCAAUCUGAACUUGUCAAGCAUUUGAUUGAGCAGAAAUUCCCCGAUAUUACAUGCUCAGUAUUUGCCCUACAAACAUUGGGUGAUCAACAACAGUCCAAACCAUUGUAUUCAUUUGGCGGUAAAGCAUUAUGGACUAAGGAACUGGAAGAUUUACUUUAUGAUGAAGAUGAUAACCGUAAACUAGACAUUAUUGUUCAUUCCUUGAAGGAUAUGCCUACAACAUUGCCUGAUGGUUUUGAAUUGGGCGGUAUCACUGAAAGAGUAGAUCCAUCUGAUUGUCUUGUCAUGCCACAAGGGUCUCCUCACAAGAAUUUAGACACCCUACCUGCAGGUAGUGUCGUCGGUACAUCCUCAGUGAGACGCUCAGCACAACUGAAGAGAAAAUACCCACAUCUACGUUUUGAAAGCAUUAGAGGCAACUUGCACACUAGAAUAAGAAAAUUAGACGAUCCUCAGAACGAUUAUCAGUGUAUCAUCUUGGCAUCCGCAGGUAUGAAAAGGUUAGGAUUAGGAUAUAGGAUUACUAAUACAUUUGACAGUUCGGUAAUGUACCACGCAGUGGGUCAAGGUGCAUUGGGUAUUGAAAUUCGUGCACAAGAUAAAGAGAUGAAGAAGAUACUGGAUGCUGUCUGUCAUAAGAAUACAACUGUGUGUUGUCUUGCGGAACGUCAAUUGAUGAGAUCCUUGGAAGGUGGUUGCUCAGUACCUAUUGGUGUGGGAUCCCGCUACGAUGAAACAACGGGAUACCUGCACCUACGUGGUAUAGUCGUUAGUGUGGAUGGAAAACAAGCAGUAGAAUUGAACCAAGAAUUGGCUAUAAACGAUGUAAUACGUGAUUCAAUCGAGUGUGGUAAGUUGCUAGCGGAAAAAAUGAUUUCAAAUGGUGCUAGAAAGAUUCUAGAAGAAAUCAAUCUUGAUAAGAUUGACCAGUAA